UUGUGUUGUCAGGCAGAAAGAAAGACACAGCAGUCCGGGUGGCGUGUGUCCUGAUCCACGGGCACCCCAUCAGCGACCACAAGAAAACAACAGCUCGUCAUUUCGUUGUGUCUUCUUCACUAGUUGGCUAUUAUUUAUCAUUUUGCACCGUUUUGCUACAAUGUCGGUGGGAGUGGAGUCUGGAUUCUCGAGUGAGGAGGUCUUAAACAGCCGCUUCCCGCUCCAUCGGGCAUGCAGGGAUGGAGAUGUCGGUGCCUUGUGCUCCCUUCUUCAGUGCACCUCAAGCCCGGCUGACCUCACGGUGGAGGACACCUUUUACGGCUGGACGCCCAUACACUGGGGCGCUCAUUUCGGAAAGUUGGAGUGUGUGAUGCGUCUGGUUCAGGUGGGCUGUGGUGUGAAUGCAGUGACCUCCAGGUUUGCACAGACGCCAACUCACAUUGCUGCAUUUGGGGGCCACCCUGAGUGCUUGUUAUGGCUACUCCAAGCUGGUGCAGAUAUUAACAGACAGGACUAUGUGGGUGAGACGCCCAUCCACAAGGCUGCUCGUGCGGGCAGUCUGGAGUGCAUCAACGCUCUCUUGAUUCAGGGAGCGAAAGCUGAUAUGAGGAAUGCCAGUGGGCUGACUGCUGCUGACCUGGCCCACGCCCAGGGAUUCCAGGAGUGCGCUGAGAUUCUCUCCAAUGCCCAGAACUUCCAGCAAAACAUGGCUCAGUCCCAUAACGGGGUUUUUCUGAAUGGCGUGACCCAGAAUGGGGGCCACGCUCACCCCACCAUCCAGGGACGCAGCUUCUUGAAUGGCGUGCCCAACAGAAAGAGGUCGUUCGAUGGCAUGGAAGCAAACCCAGUGAAGAAGGCUAGACCUAACGGUUUGGGCAUGUCACCAGAAUUGCUGAACGGGAAUGGGCCACUGGGUGGUGCUGGAGAGGCCCAGAUGGAAAGCAUGAACAUGGAGUUGGCAGCGACUGUAACCUCAGUGGCAGGUGAGAGACACUGUGAGGAAUUUUCCUCAAAUGGUCAUGAUCAACCACAUCUUCCAUUUGGGUGUGACCCAGCGGCAGAAGUCAGCCAGCUCAUCUACAGCGACUCACCUGAGAACAACAGCACUGCAGGCAGCCAGGUGGAGCACCUGAAGUCUGUGAAAGCAGAGCAGUUGUAUGACCAUGCCUUCUUCAACACCAUGCUUCUUUACCAUGGAUCCUAAAGUAGAAAGGAUCUAGUUGUCAGGCCGUCCUUUUUGCCUGAAUCUCAUAUAAGCCUAAGCAAGCAUUAAUUUGCCUUAAAGCCAUUGAGUGGUCCUGUUAUUCAUUGAAAUGAUUAUUUGUUGUUUAAAAGGGCAGGCCCAUUGUUGAGGAUGGAUUGAAAUUUGUAACUGAUAAAGUUGAUUGUUUGUUUCUGUUGUUAAAGAAAGUGAUUGUUUAGCUUAUUAUUCAAGUUUGAUUAAGCUGUACAUAGCCUUGUUCUAAUACACUAAAGCAUAUGUACUGAACCACUGCCAAUACUUAAAUUUUGUUUGUCUCAUCUAGAGGUGGGGUGUUGCCUCCUAUUUGAUGUUAAUAAUAAACAAUGCAA